AUGGCCUUGCAGUCCUCUUCAGCAACUCCACCAAUGCUAGCUGCUCAUAGACAUUCAACGCCCAGCCAUCAGGCAACCAGAGAACGACGACGCGGCUUUCGAAUGCGCGGUCUGUCAGGAGCCACAAUAGCAUCGGCACCAUCUGUUGAACAUGAAGAUUAUCGUUCGCCUAAACCUUCCGACCAGAUCAAAAACGGAAAAUCGUUUGAUUACGGCAAUGAUACGUGUACCGGUGCCAGUGAUAGCAAUGCUCUUUUGCAGGUACUCCACUGCAACGAAUUAAAUCUUUUAUUGUUUAUUUUAUCUAUGCAGGACAGGGGCACUGACGUAAAUCGAUGA